CGCAGGCCCCGCACUUCCUCCGCGUGCUGGCAGAGCAUCGUUCUUCCCGACCCUACCGGAAGGCGGCGCCGAAGACCCGACCUAUGGGGACAGCAAAUCCAGAGACCCCAGCGCUCCCUCGGCGGGGGAAGCCCGACGCUCGGUUACAGCGUGAUUUGGGGCGACUGCUUUUCUUACCUCCAGAACUGCCAUUUCCCCCUCUCUCAAAGCCAGACAUUACGUUGGGAAAGCUGCUGGAUUUUAAUCUUUAAGACAAUUCCCUGAAGGGCGUGGCUGGCCGAGCGGCCCAGGAAAGUUGGCCUGGGCUGGGAGUGACUCGUUUUGUGCCUGAAGAGAGCAAGGAAGAAUGUGAGGGCAGCGCAUCCUCGGAAGGAGAUGUCUUUGAAACACCAUCCAUAACAGCAGUAGAAACACUUACGUGUUGCUUUGUUUUGUUUACAUACUGAGUGGCUUUUCGGUGAAAUGCUAUUUUGGUUAAAGGAAGAAAUGGCCCCUGAGGAGCUCAGCCGGCGACUGGCCACAGUGAUCACUCAUAUCGAUGAAAUUAUGCAGCAGGAAAUCAGGCCCUUGGUGGCAGUGGACAUAAUUGAACAACUUCACAGACAGUUUGCCAUUCUCUCAGGAGGCCGAGGGAAAGAUGGUGCACCCAUCAUCACUUUUCCAGAGUUUGCGGGGUUCAAACACCUCCCAGAGGAAGACUUCCUGAAUGUCAUGACCUACCUGACUAGCAUCCCCAGUGUGGAGGCUGCGAACAUCGGAUUUGUCAUCGUUAUCGACCGGCGAAGGGACAAGUGGAGCUCCAUAAAAGCAUCAUUGACACGAAUAGCUGUAGCAUUUCCAGGAAACUUGCAGCUCAUAUUCAUCCUUCGUCCAUCUUGCUUUAUCCAGAGGACAUUCACUGACAUUGGCAUUAAAUAUUAUCGAGAUGAAUUUAAAAUGAAAGUGCCGAUCAUUAUGUUAAACUCUGUGUCUGACCUUCAUGGCUACAUUGACAAAAGCCAACUGACAGAGGACUUAGGGGGAACUUUGGAAUACCGCCAUAAUCAAUGGAUAAAUCAUCGAACUGCCAUCGAAAACUUUGCCAUGACAUUGAAGACCACUGCCCAGAUGCUCCAGAUGUUUGGGGUCUGCCUAGCCACAACAGAGCUGCCCAGAGGUGUGCUGUCCACUGAAGACCUCCUCGUGUCCCACACGAGGCAGAGGGACAAGCUGCAGGAUGAGCUGACAUUACUUGGAAAGCAAGGGACCACAUUACUGUCAUGUAUUCAAGAAACAGCAACCACAAGUCCCACCAGCAAACUCAGUCCCAAUGAACUAGAGAAUGUAGCUACCAUGGAAAGGUUAUUACUUGAGCUGGAUGAGACAGAAAAAGCCUUUAAUCAGUUUUGGUCUGAGCAUCACUUGAAGCUUCACCAAUGCCUACAACUACAACACUUUGAGCGCAAUUUUUAUGAGGUUAAGCUUGCCCUGGACAAUUUGCUGGCAGAGCAAGCGGAGUUUACAGACAUCGGAGACAGUGUGAUACGCGUGGAGCAACUUCUUAAGGAACAUAAAAACCUGGAAGGAAAAGGCGAGGAGCCCUUGGAAAAGGCCCAGCUGCUUGCAAUAAUUGGGGACCAGCUCAUCCAAAGCCACCACUAUGCAGUCGACUCCAUCAGACCCAGAUGUGUAGAGCUCAGGCACCUCUGUGAUGACUUCAUCAAUGAAAGCAAGAAAAAGCAUGACAUUUUAGAGAAGUCCUUGGAGUUGCAUAGACAGCUGGACAAGGUCAGCCACUGGUGUGAAGCAGGAAUCUACCUUUUGGCUUCCCAAGCUGUAGACAAAUGCCAGUCACGAGAGGGCGUUGACGUUGCCUUGAACGACAUUGAGGCAUUCCUGGGUACGGCGAAGGAGUACCAGUUGCCCAGUCACAUGGAGUUUUACAGCCAGUUUGAGUUGAUACUCACCAUUGACGUCAAGACCAGAGCCCAGGAAGUCCUGCAGAAGCUGGGAGAUGUGCAGGAAAUAUUUCACAAGAGGCAAAUGAGUCUGAUGAAACUGGCAGCCAGACAGACUCGCCCAGUGCAACCUGUGGCCCCCCAUCCUGAGUCCUCCCCAAAAUGGGUGUCACCGAAAACCAGCCAGCCCUGCACCUUAGCUCCUCUUCAGAGGACAUCUGAGGAAACUUAUACAGGGACAUUGGAAAAGGAAGACGACGAGACUAAAUUUGAAGUCAAAAAUGAAGAAAUACUGGAAGGCAGUCACGAUGGGGAGAACCCUGAGCCAGAGCAGCCCGACAGUCCUGAAAAUCUUUCCCCCACCAGGCGCAUCAUACAUGACCUGCUUGAGACGGAAGAGAUUUAUAUAAAAGAGAUUAAGAGCAUAAUUGAUGGAUAUAUCACUCCAAUGGAUUUUAUUUGGCUGAAGCAUCUGAUUCCAGAUGUUCUUCAGAAUAACAAGGAGUUUCUCUUUGGGAAUAUUAGAGAACUUUAUGAAUUUCACAACAGGACUUUUCUAAAAGAAUUAGAAAAGUGCACCGAAAACCCUGAACUUCUGGCACGCUGCUUUCUCAAGAGAAAAGAAGAUCUUCAAAUAUAUUUUAAAUACCAUAAGAAUCUGCCCCGAGCUAGGGCAAUCUGGCAAGAAUGUCAAGACUGCACCUUCUUUGGGGUAUGCCAGCGCCAACUGGAUCACAAUCUCCCUCUUUUUAAGUAUCUCAGAGGACCCAGCCAGAGACUUAUAAAAUACCAGAUGCUGUUGAAGGGUCUGCUGGAUUUUGAGUCUCCUGAGGAUUUGGGGAUAGACUCCGGUGACCAAGAAGGAGGUUUGGCUAAGAAUGGGCCAAAGAGGACCAAGGACUCCGCAUUCUCAGCUGAACUACAGCAAGCUUUGGCCAUGUUGGAGGAUUUGAUCAAGUCCUGUGAGUUGGCCGUGGACCUGGCAGCAGUCACUGGAUGUCCGGACGAUAUCAGGAAACUGGGCAAGCUGUUGAUGCAUGGCUCUUUCAACGUCUGGACAGUUCACAAGGAUCGUUAUAAAAUGAAGGAUUUUAUCCGAUUUAAGCCCAGCCGGAGGCAAAUCUAUCUAUUUGAAAGGGGAAUCGUGUUCUGUAAGAUUCGAAUGGAACCCAGUGACCAGGGCCUUGCUCCUCAUUACAGAUUUAAGAAAUCUAUGAAGUUGAUGACACUUUCAAUUCGCCAUCUUGGAAGGGGGAGCAGCCGAAAGUUUGAAAUUGCCAACCGAAAUGGACUUGAGAAAUACAUCCUGCAGGCAGCUUCAAAAGAAAUCAGAGAUUGUUGGUGUUCAGAAAUAAAUAAAUUACUGCUGGAACAACAAAACAAUAUCAAAGAUAUUUAUGAGGGUGAAGACAAUGGCAAACAAAUCUCCCCCAAAUGCUGCUCCAGCAGAGAGUUUAUCUCCAUGGCAACCUUUGAGGAGCCUGAAGGUGCAGAAGAAAUGGAAAAGGAGAGCAGUGCUCUGAGUCUAUCCGGACUUUUCCAGUUGGACGACAGUUAUGAAACGUGUUCCUCCAAAUCUGUCCUGCAAACGAGAGAAAGCAUCCAGGGUAAGAAAGAAGGUGGCGAUGAGGACAUGUGAGUGUGAAAGAGGAAAGAACAGUGAGCGAAUUGGUUAGCCAUCGCUCCCCUGACUCUUCUUGGAAUUUCAGACGACAAACAAAACUAAGCCAGUGUGCACCGGCUUGCUCGCCCCGGCGGGGGAGACGGCUAAUCUGCGGGCAGAAGCAGUGCGGGCGAGGGAAGGAUGCCGGAGGACCCUCUUCCCCAGAGAACUGACACUGGUUCCAGACCACAGCGGCUCCCGGCUCGGCCGAGCCGCCCCAGGCCGCCUUCGUUCCGGGCACAGGCUGCGGCGGGCGCCGGGGGCCGGGCCCACCCUUAAAUAGAACGCGGCCAAGGGGCCUCGGACCCUCCGAAUCUGCCGCGCUGGCGCGGGGGGAAGGGCCAGGACCACCUUCCAGAGGCCUGAGGAAGGGUCCACCGCCUACCGGCGGAGCCCACCCUCCGGCUGCCGGCGGCGGCGAACCUGGGAGCUGCUCCCCACGCGCCUGCGCGAGCUCCGGGCACUGGGAGCAGGCGUCCGCCAACUCCCGGGCUGCUCCACACGCGCCUGCGACUGCGCCUGCGCCAGCGCCGGGCCUUGCAGACGCCGGCGAAUCCCCGGGCUGCUCUGCGCGUGUCUGCAGAGGUUAGUGGAGCCCAGCCCUGGAGGGCUUUGCCCAAGGUUUCCCAGCGUUGGCGCUCUGACUUUGGGGGCUGGAUAAUUCUUUGUUGGGGAGGGGAGGGCUGUCUAGUGCAUUGUAGGCUAUUUGGCAGCAUCCCUGGCCUCCUCCCACAAGAUGCCAGUAAAAUCCCUCUCCCACCCGCUCACCCAAAUUAUGACAAUCUUUUUAAAAAUGCCUUCAGACAUUGCCAAAUUUUUCCUCGGGUGGGAUUGGGGAGAUCUGUUGAGAAUCUCCUAUCCGAGCCUCGGAGGAGCCGAAACUCUACAGGGGCAGCCCUGUGCUCCUCUUGAAUCCCCACAAAAAUGUUCCUGUGGUGUUUGUGUUACUUUGUUCCAGGAUUGUGUCCUUUCAGAGAGGGUUGGUUACAAGUUAAUGUCUGAGGUAUUUCGUUUUAGAUUUAUUUGUUUUAAAAUUAGUUUGUUAUC